AUGAACGAUGGAUUAGUGAUUCGCCUUCAACGGAGUCGAAUCGUGGUCAGCCUCUCGCAGCAAUAUGGUUUCCUUUCCAUGGCCGUGUUUUUUUUUCCAAUCCCUUCUCUCAUAAAUCUCUCUCUCUCUUUUCCUCUCACUUUUUUGUCCCCCUCCGUAAUAUCGUCAUUGUUUUUUUUUACUUCCUACCCCCUCUCUCCUAAAUCUAUCUCUCUUUCUCUCUCCCUUGUAUGUCCCCCUCUGAAAUAUCGUCAGUGUGUUUUUUUACUUCCUCCACCCUCUCUCCUAAAUGUUUCUCUCUUUUUCUCUCACUUGUAUGUCCCCCUCCGUAAUAUCGUCAUUGUUUUUUUUUCCUCCCCUCUCGAAAAAAAUGUAUCUAAUUUUCUCUCACUUUUUCCCGCCUCCGUAAUAUCGUCAUUGUUUUUUUUUUUACUUCCUCCUCCCCUCUCUCCUAAAUCUAUCUCUCUUUUUCUCUCACUUUUAUGUUCCCCUCCGUAA